AUGAAUUCGAACAGUGAUUCUUGGAACAUUCUAAGCAAUGAUGAGAACUCCAGUCUUUUGUUAGUAGAAUACCCAGGUAUUGAAGGACUUACUUUUUUCCAAAAGGGGGAGGUGCCAAAAGAGGUGACCGCUUUGACUAUUUUAUGCGUUCACACUCAUAACGGUGACGGAAAUCCUUCCAUCGUUACAGAACAAGAAGCUUUUUCCAUAUCACCGGUUGACAAUCCGAUUUAUUAUAACAUAGCACCAAGUGAUACGGUUAUAACAGGAUCUGAAGUACAAGACUCAACUAAUUUUUCCGUAUCGUUAACAGACAAUACAUUAUCACCAGUAAUAAAUAACACUAUUAGACUCCGUAAACGACCAAGACAAGAAUCUAACAAUGAUGAUAAUUCCGAUGAGAAGCGACGAAAAUUUCUCGAAAGAAACCGGAUAGCUGCAUCAAAAUGUCGUCAAAAGAAAAAAGCUGCUAUGGAAGAUCUUAUGAGUAAAUCCGAUUCUUUAGAAACUGAUAACAAUUUACUUAAAACCCGGGUUAACGAACUUCGAGAAGAAUUAUUAUCUUUGAAAGAUCAAUUACUCCGCCACGAGAAUUGUUCAUGUAACAUAAUCCAAGAAUACAUAGUAAAGUAUUAUCGACAGCAAUAA